AUGCUAUUCUUCAACCUCCUCCUCCUCCUCCUCCUCAUCAUCAUCAUCAUCACCAUCAUCAUCAUAAUCAUCAUCAUCCGCACUCAACAAAUCAAACCAUUUACUAGAGCAGUCAAUUGGUUUCAAAGUGGCUGCAAGCAUGUGCAUGAAGUUAGGUGUUUUAAUUCAACAGUUACAAUAACACCUGUUUUGAAAAGAUAUAGAGCAAUGUUGCUUGCAAAGUCUGUGCAACAGUUGUCAAGUUGUUGGUGGAAUUUUGGUGGUGAAGUUGUUAGUGGUGUUAUUUUUGAGUUUGUUGGUGAGAAUGUUUUAAUCAAUUUACCAAUCUUAUCUUAUCAGCGACAUAUUCCAACAAAUUUGUUUUGUUUUUCCUCUGAAUCAGUAAGAAAAAGACGCAAAUGCCUGCGGCAUAGAUUCGUAACGUCAGUGGUCAAAGUCUUGAAGCAGAACGCAUUCAGACAUGCCAUGUGUGACAGCAUCACGAUAGCACAGUUAGUGCCUAUAACAGCGUACAUUCAUUCCCUGAGUUUAGGACAGACUGUAUUCGAACCAGGCCAUCGCAUAGUAACAGCGCGAGACAUGGAAAUUCUACCGACUGAGCUAACUCGCAAGCCAGGUUUACUACCACUGCAUUAUAAUAAGCAUUGUCACGAUCCCCCUCAGAUGCCACGUUCACUUGUAUAUUCGAAACUUCCACGACAGCCCCAAUGCUUGUAA